AAGGAAGAUGUCUCUGGCCGGCGGGGCUGGCACCGAGCGAGUCCCCGACGGCUGUGAAGAGCAGGAGAACUUUGGGGAGCGGACAGGAGGAUGGAGACGUACAGCAAAGCGGAGACCCUCGAACUGCGGAAGAAACACAUUGGGCCAUCAUGCAAAGUUUUCUUUGCUAAAGAUCCCAUUAAGAUUGUGCUGGCUCGUGGACAAUACAUGUUCGAUGAGAAUGGAGAAAAAUACUUGGAUUGCAUUAACAAUGUAGCACAUGUUGGACACAGCCAUCCUGAUGUAGUCAAGGCUGCAGUGAAACAAAUGGAGCUUCUUAAUACCAAUUCUCGGUUCCUGCAUGACAAUCUGGUCCAGUAUGCCAAACGCCUCACAGCUACCCUACCGGAGAAGCUUUCUGUUUGCUACUUUGUGAACUCUGGCUCUGAAGCAAAUGACCUUGCUUUGCGCCUGGCUCGGCAGUAUAGUGGCCACUAUGAUGUGAUAACCCUUGACCACGCCUAUCAUGGUCACGUGACAUCCUUGAUUGAUAUCAGUCCCUAUAAAUUUAAUCAGCUGGGAAAAGAGGUCAAAAAGGAAUUUGUACAUGUGGCACCUUCCCCAGAUAUUUACAGAGGAAAGUAUAGAGAAGACCAUGAAGAUCCAGCAGGGGCUUAUGCUGAUGAUGUGAGAAAUAUUAUUGAAACAGCUCAAAAGAAUGACCGUAAGAUUGCUGCCUUUAUUGCUGAAUCCAUGCAGAGUUGUGGAGGCCAAAUAAUUCCACCUGCAGGCUAUUUCCAGAAAGUGGCACAAUUUGUCCACAAAGCAGGAGGAGUUUUCAUAGCAGAUGAAGUCCAAGUUGGAUUUGGUCGGGUUGGGAAGAAUUUCUGGGCAUUCCAGCUACAAGGUGAAGACUUUGUGCCUGACAUUGUCACUAUGGGGAAGCCGAUUGGCAAUGGCCACCCAAUGUCUUGUGUUGUUACAACAAGAGAAAUUGCAGAAGCCUUUGGUGCCUCGGGGUUAGAGUACUUCAAUACUUUUGGUGGCAACCCAGUAUCUUGUGCAAUUGGCCUGGCUGUCUUGGAUAUAAUAGAACAGGAAGAUCUACAAGGUAAUGCCACACACGUUGGAAACUAUCUCUGUGGACUACUCAAGGAACAACAGAAAAAACACUCAUUGGUGGGAGAUGUCAGGCUGAAAGAAAGGAAGAUCCUUCUGAGUGCAGAUGGGCCUUACAGAAAUGUCUUGAAGUUUAAGCCACCCAUGUGCUUCAGCAUGGAAGAUGCAAAGUUUGUAGUUGAUCAAAUUGAUGAGCUCCUUACAGAUUUAGAAGAAGCAACUCAAAUCAGGCCUAAAAACAGCCUACCUACAAAUACUCAGUCUAAAAGAAAAUUGCCUACUGGUGGGAGUUCCCAGUUAGAAUCCAACAAUGAAAACAUCAGUCCAAUUAAUGAAACCAUCUGCAGACAUGAAAAUGGGUUUUCUGGUGAAAGCCAUGCAGUGCCUUGUAAAAGAAUUAGGACGUGAAACGAAAGGAUUUUCUAUAUAGCUGAUGGUGUUUAAAGAAAAAUGGCUUCCGUUUACUAUUUCUUAUAAUUCAUUAUAUAUGAUAGAGAAAUACCCAUUUUUACCUACGGUCAACAUUUGGAGCAUCAGGUUUUGCAAUACUAUUUUGUUAGACAAAAUUAGUAUUGCCUUCUUUGCUUGAGAUGCCAUGGAUAUAUUUUGACUGUUUUGUUUGACAUUUCAGUGAGCAAAUUUAAAUAUUAAUGAUGCCUCACAUUUUAAUGAUGAACGUAUAGUCUUAUGCCUUACAAAGAUAUAACUUGUACAUCUCAAAACUAGUUGAACAAAAGGACACAUGGAAGAAUCUGUGAGGGUGGGUACAUUUUUAAGACUUUUGAAAUUCCCACCAAAAAGCCUUCUUCUGAUUUGUGAAUCAGAUGAUAGGUUUCGUUGUGUUUGUAUUUGUGUACAUAUGAGAGAGAAAAUAAAUUGCAAUUUCUUAUGUAUACAAUAUGGAAAAUAACAUGGCUUAUAUUCAACAUUGGAUUUGUAUUAGUAUCAUGUAGCAUUAUAAAACCUCACUAAACUUGACUAAACAUUUUGAUAUGACAUUUAUUGUAUUCAUUUCACCAGAUGUUUGUCAAUUGUUUCUUUAAUGUUAUCAGUAUUCUUUAUCACUUUAAAAGAUCAUUAGGUAGUUUUUUGUUUUUUAUUUCAAAGAAUAAAAUUAUUUAACCAUGGAA